AUCUCAUGCCUUAAAUAUAGGUUCUUCUGUUUUUUUAUUUUCUCUGCUUAAUUAUAUACAUUCUAAGCACACCGAGACAAUGGUGGACAACACCGCCAGAAAAUGUUCUAUUAAGGUUGUUGCUGUUGCUGCGGGUGAAGCGCACACUCUCCUUCUUACCGGGGAUGGACAUGUGUAUUCUUGGGGAAGAGGAAUACUGGGGCGACUUGGUGGAGGCUCUGAACACGACCAGCAUUUUCCGGUUCAGGUCAACUUUGGUUCAGAAGAAGACUCUGUCAGAAUAGUGGGAAUUGCCGCGGGUGCUUAUCAUAGUCUUGCACUGGCAGAUGAUGGAUCUGUUUGGUGCUGGGGCUACAAUAUAUAUGGUCAACUUGGUAUCAAUGGAGAGGACUUCCAUGGCAGAAAAUAUAGUGAUGGAGAUUAUUCUGUAGUGCCCUGCUUAUUGAAUAAGUUUCUGGAGUUGCACCCCCCUGAUUCUUCAUCAACUGUUCCAGAAGCAGAAGGAAAAACAUCGCUAAAGAUAAUUGCUGUCAAAGCAGGAGGAAUGAUGUCUCUGGGUAUAGACAAUCUUGGGGCCUUAUGGAUGUGGGGAAAUUGUCCUCAACAAAGCAAAGAACUUGGCUUCUCUCUUAUAAGUAAUUUCACUCCAACACCAGUGUGGGAUUUUCAUGGUCACACUGUGGUUCAAGUUGCAUGUGGAAAUGAACAUGUUGUGGCACUUGUUACUGGUGGAGAAUCAUACAAGGGUGUGGAUGAUCUAGUGUGCUACUCUUGGGGUAACAACAGCCAUGGCCAAUUAGGCUUAGGGGACACCAAGAACAGGCCACGACCAGAAGUGGUGAAAAUGAAAACAUUUGAUCUUGAGUCCCCUUGUGCAAUUUAUGAGGUAGCAUGUGGUGCCUUUCACACUGCUUUGCUCACCCGCAAUAAGAGGCCUAGUGACACAUUACAAAGCACAUGCUGGACAUUUGGCCUUGGUGAUAAUGGACAACUUGGACAUGGAACAACACAAAGCACAUUGCUUCCUGAGCCUGUUAAAGAAUUGCCACAAAAUGUGUAUCUUGUUUCUAUUGACUGUGGCUUGUUUCAUACUUGUGUUGUAUCCUCUGAGGGGGAUGUGUGGUCAUGGGGAAUGGAGAAGGGUCUUGGCUUAUGCCCGGAUGAUAGUUAUGGUGGAACAGAUUCUGGUGAUGCUCUUUCUCCUCUUCUUGUUUCAUGCAAUCCACACCAACCUAAAUUUCCAGAACCAGUUCAAGUUGCAUGUGGGGCUGCUCAUACUGUUAUUGUUGCACAAGAGGGGUAUAAGCUCUGGUCUUGGGGUAGAGGAAGGAGUGGAGUUCUUGGAAAUGGUAAAACUAUGGAUAAUUACACGCCCACUACAGUGUUAUGGCCUCCACUUGUAGAAGAUUUCAAACAAGAGGAACUACAUAGCUCAAAUAAGCACAAUAAAAAUGAGGCUAAAGAUGUCAUAGAAACAAAUGAGAGAUUAUCUUCAGCAUUGAAAGAACUGAAGUUGCUUCAAACAAAGUUAUCUGUGAUGGAAAAAUAUGCUAGUAUUCUUCAUGGUUCUAUCUUUGGGGAACCCUUUGGUGAGCAAGAUAUCCAUGCUUCAUUAGAAAAUUCAAGUGUAUCUGAUAUAACAAAGGAAUGGGAGAACAUGUUAGAGGCAGCAGAUCGUACAAAGCUAAUUAAGUUGGAAAUGCUCUACCAAAACAUGCUUACAGGUGUGAAAGAUAAACUGAUGAAAAGAAGGAUCAAGGAGAUUAUAAAUGAAUGUCUACAAUCUUCGCGAGUGGAAAAUUAGUAUAUAUACAUGUAAAAAGAAAAUCACUCUGGUCAAAGGAUUGCACAUGCAUAUUAAUAGGCAAUCUGUGCUCAAAUUAUUGUCUUGAUAUUUACUUUUGUACUUGUUAUAAUAUCCUUGUAAGUCUCUCUUGUGUGAGAGUUCUGUACAUAGUUGAGCAAAAAUUACCCUCAAUUUUUAUGCCACAAAAUGUUUAGAUGUUAUACUUAGUAGUUGUAUCUAUCUUUUUAUUGGAGUAUAACUUGCUCAUUACUCCUCUUAGUCUAUUGGUUUUAUGCUCGAUUAUUAUUUUGUGAGUUUAUUUAUGAAAAUGUGAAUUGUAACUCUUAAAGUUGAAUUUAAUGUCGAGAAGAGAUAAAUAUUAGAAGGGGGAUUGAAUAGUA